UUUUUUUUCUUCUUUUCAGAAUGGAUGUACAAUUCCUCACGUACGUACUAUGCACGCUUUCUCUUUCUGUGAAUUCUCACGUAUUGUCACCUUUAACGCCUGACCCUCAUCCAGCUGUUUGACACAGGGCUGCGCGCGCGUGAGUGAGUGUGUGUGUGAAUCGUGUGAAUACAGACGUUUGAGUGUAACGUCAAAUCUGUGUCGUCACGGCUAGCAAGCUGUAGCCGAGCAGCAGCCUCAUCAGAGCGGUGAAGCUGUCAGAUCAAUACUGUCUAUGGAUCAAUCCCGCGCUGCAGGAACUGGACGGAUGGAUCAGCUGCGUGUGAUGACUGAUCAGUGAGGAUGAGGAGCCGCAGUAACUCAGGAGUGAGGCUGGAUGCCUAUGCCAGGCUGGUCCAAGAGACUAUCCUGUGCCACCAGAACCCGGUGACAGGACUUCUGCCUGCCAGUGCCCAGAAGAAGGAUGCCUGGGUGAGGGAUAAUGUGUACAGUGUCCUGGCUGUGUGGGGGCUGGGCAUGGCUUACCGCAAGAACGCAGACCGUGAUGAAGACAAGGCCAAGGCCUACGAACUGGAGCAGAGUGUGGUAAAGCUGAUGCAGGGACUUCUGCAGUGCAUGAUGAGACAGGUGGCCAAGGUGGAGAAGUUCAAACAGACCCAGAGUACAAAGGAUUGUUUGCAUGCCAAAUAUGAUACUCCGACCUGUGCCACAGUGGUCGGGGACGACCAGUGGGGCCAUCUCCAGGUGGACGCCACCUCCAUUUACCUGCUGAUGCUGGCACAGAUGACAGCCUCAGGUCUUCGCAUCAUCUCAAACCUGGAUGAGGUGGUCUUCAUCCAAAACCUGGUCUUCUACAUAGAGGCUGCCUACAAAGUGGCGGAUUAUGGGAUGUGGGAACGAGGUGACAAGACCAAUCAAGGCAUCCCCGAGCUCAAUGGCAGCUCUGUAGGAAUUGCUAAGGCGGCUCUGGAGGCCAUAGAUGAGCUGGAUCUUUUUGGUGCCCAUGGAGGGCCAAAGUCAGUCAUCCAUGUUUUGCCUGAUGAAGUGGAACAUUGUCAGUCCAUCCUGUGCUCCAUGCUGCCAAGAGCUUCAACUUCAAAGGAGAUAGACGCCGGCCUUCUGUCUGUCAUUUCCUUCCCUGCUUUUGCUGUAGAGGAUGCUGAGCUGGUGGCCAUUACUAAGUCGGAAAUCAUAACAAAACUGCAGGGUCGCUAUGGCUGCUGCCGCUUCAUCAGGGAUGGAUAUCGUUGUCCAAAAGAGGACCCAUCUCGGCUGCACUACGAUCCUGCAGAGCUCAAGUUGUUUGAGAAUAUCGAAUGUGAGUGGCCCGUGUUCUGGACUUAUCUCGUCCUUGACGGUAUCUUUGCUGGAGAUCAAGUGCAGGUACAGGAGUACCGUGAGGCACUGGAAGGAGUUUUGAUCAGAGGGAAGAACGGCAUCAAACUGUUGCCCGAACUUUAUGCUGUACCUCCUGACAAGGUGGAGGAGGAGUACAGGAAUCCUCACUCAGUGGACAGAGUGGCCAUGGGGCAGCUGCCGCACAUGUGGGGACAGUCGCUCUACAUCUUGAGCUGUCUUCUGGCCGAGGGUUUUUUAGCACCAGGAGAGAUAGAUCCUCUCAACAGGAGAUUCUCGACAAACUUCAAGCCAGAUGUUGUGGUACAAGUUUGUGUUCUAGCAGAAUCGGAGGAGAUCCAGCAGUUGUUAAGUGAUCACGGGAUCAAGGUCCAGACAAUGUCAGAAGUUCUGCCUAUCAGGGUCAUGCCUGCUCGCAUCCUGAGCCAUGUUUAUGUCAGACUGGGGAACUGCAAGAAACUUAAUUUGAGCGGGAGGCCCUACAGACACAUUGGAGUUUUGGGAACAUCCAAAUUCUACGAGAUCAGAAAUUGCUCUUAUAUAUUCACCCCCCAGUUUCUGGAUCAGCACCAUUUCUACCUGGCACUGGACAACCAGAUGAUUGUGGAGAUGUUACGAACAGAGCUGGCCUAUCUCUCCUCUUGCUGGAGGAUGACAGGACGGCCCACACUCACUUUCCCCAUCACCCACAGCAUGCUGGUUGAAGAUGGAGAUGGAAUUGAUUCGUGUAUCCUAGCAACCCUCCGAAAACUACAGGAUGGCUAUUUUGCCGGAGCGAGGGUGCAGAUGUCAGACCUAUCCAGUGUCCAGACCACUUCCUUUCACACUGACCUCAGCUUCCUGGAUGAAGAGAAGGAUGACAGCUUACUCGAGGAUGAGGAGGAUAAUGAUGAAUAUGGAGAGGAAUAUUACAACUGUAGGCCCUCAGAGGGCUCUAAAGACAUGUUUGACCAGUACCUCACACAGCUCCUCCACAGCACCAAUACCAAGUCCCAUCUUCCUCCCAUCCAGAGUGGGCAGCACCACGUCUUCAGUGCGGAACACAGCACCAGAGACAUCCUGUCUUUUAUGGCCCAGGUUCAGGGCCUGAACAUGCCCAAGUCUUCCAUGUAUCUACCUGUGACUCCUGUUAGGAACAAACGCCGCAAAGGUCUCAACUUACUUGAAGUUUCUUCUCAUUCUCAGCAUGGCCCAAAUGUAAAGCAGCACAAGUCUCACAGUGCUGCUGACCUGCACCUGCCUCGAGACUCCCAGGGCAACACAGAUUUUGCAGCGUUGGUGAGGCAGCUGAAAGAGUGUCCGACCCUGCAAGACCAGGCUGACAUACUCUACAUCCUUUACGUGAUGAAAGGGGCUGAUUGGCUGGUGGAGUUGUCAGUUCCUGGGCAGGGUGGAGUCAGCGUGCGUUCCCUGCUGGAGGAGCUGUAUGUAGAAGCUGGAGCCUGCAAAGAGUGGGGACUCAUCAGAUACAUCUCCGGGAUACUACGCAAGAGAGUGGAGGUCCUCGCUGAGGCCUGCACAGAUCUUAUUUCCCAUAACAAGCAGCUGACUGUAGGUCUACCUCCUGAGCCCAGGGAAAGAGUCAUCACUGUUCCACUUCCUCCUGAGGAGUUGAACACUCUCAUCUAUGAAGCCAGUGGUCAGGACAUCAGUGUAGCUGUACUCACGCAGGAAAUCAUGGUCUAUCUAGCCAUGUACAUGCGCUCCCAGCCUGCUCUCUUUGGGGACAUGCUCCGGCUCAGGAUAGGACUCAUCAUGCAAGUGAUGGCCACUGAGCUGGCUCGCAGUCUGCACUGCUCUGGGGAGGAGGCGUCUGAGAGUUUGAUGAGCCUGAGUCCUUUUGGCAUGAAAAACCUGCUGCAUCACAUCCUCAGUGGCAAAGAGUUUGGGGUGGAGAGGAGCAUGCGCCCAAUCCAGUCAACAGCCACUAGUCCUGCCAUCUCCAUCCAUGAACUCGGUCACACUGGAGCCACCAAGACUGAACGCACAGGAAUACACAAGCUGAAGAGUGAGAUAAAACAGCUGGAUGACUCUCGGCCUCUCAGUAUCUUCAGCGGCGGUCUUUCCUUGAGUAGCAAUGCCACUUCUCCUCGCUCCACGCGCUGCAGCAGCCCCUCCACCCCCAGUGGGAUCCUGUCCCCUGUGGGCCCCGGUCCAGGAGAUGGACAGCUGCACUGGGAGGAGAGGCAAGGCCAGUGGCUGAGGCGACGCAGGCUGGAUGGAGCUAUCAACAGAGUACCAGUUGGUUUCUACCAGAAGGUCUGGAAGAUCCUGCAGAAGUGCCAUGGCCUAUCCAUCGAUGGAUAUGUGUUGCCCUCGUCUACUACAAGAGAGAUGACAGAGGGAGAGAUCAAGUUUGCGGUGCAGGUGGAGUCUGUCCUAAACCAUGUCCCUCAACCAGAAUACCGGCAGCUACUAGUGGAGACUGUGAUGGUUCUUGGCCUGGUAGCUGAUGUGGACGUGGACAGCAUUGGUAGCAUUAUACAUGUGGACCGCAUCCUGCAUCUGGCCAAUGACCUGUUCCUCAGUGACCAGAAAUCCCACAGUGCCAGUGAUUACUUCCUUGAGAAGGACCCAGCGACCGGAAUCUGCAACUUUUUCUACGAUAGUGCCCCCAGUGGCAGCUAUGGCACCAUGACCUACCUGUCCAAGGCAACGAUCACUUAUGUCCAAGACUUCCUGCCAAGCUCCAGCUGCCUGAUGCAGUGAAACAGUAAACUGAACACGUGAAGAGACAUGUUUUAUUAUGAGUAAAGGAUCAUCAAGUUAAAGGCAGCAAAGCUUCUCAUUUUCAGCUGAUACAGUCCAUGUGGUGCUUGUGAGUAUUCAGUCUUCAACUCUGUAGCUGUCAUACACUGACGUAACAUCAUAGCUUGGCAGCUGAUUUCAAGCUAUUACAAGAAUUUAUUUUUUCUGUGUCAAGUCUGGACUGUGAACUUAUUUAUUACUUAAACAUUUUGCUCAAAUGUGUGUUUUGGACUUACAAACGUUUUGUGUUGUGUGUGUGAGAAUAUAUGAACAGUUAACUGUCUUGUAAUUAAAUGUGUCAUAUGGUAUAAUUUUACUAAUAAUAGUUACUAGGGUAAGCAUUUUGAUCAUUUGUGCAUACAAAUGAUUAUUUCCCUUAAACCAAUCAGUGUAUUUAAAUUUUCUGCCGCUAUUACUUUUUUUUGCUUCUAUAUAUCUAUAUUUAGUAAUAUAAUAAUUUAUUGUUCGAUUGUAAUGGCUGAGCUUAAAUACGUCCAAAAAUAAUACAAUAUAAAUCAUAAAAUCAAUUUGUUCCCUCAAAUUACUUAUUCUCCUUAUUCCUCUUAUUAAUUUGUACAUAUGCAUUUUUUAAUCCCUUUUGUAGCUUCCAGGCUCUUUAUAAUUCAGUGUUGAUGAUACUGAAACUUGUAAUUUGUAUUAGUUGUAGUCCUUUUGUCUUUGUGUAUGUGUUGAAAUUAAUGGAAAAUAAUCCAUCUGUCCACAUAUGAAUGUCACCCCAAGGUUUUGCUACAGACAUAGUGAGUCAUUUUACACGUACCUCAACAUAUUGACGGUUUGUUCAUUUACCUACAGUGAAGAUAGGUUUUUUUCCCCUGUAUGUUGGGGUAAAAGUCUGUUUUAAUAUAUAUAUAUAUAUAUAUAUAUAUAUAAAAGUUUGGACACACUUUCUUAUUCCAGUGAAUGGGAAAGUGUUUUUAAACCUUUGACUGGUACUAUAUAUAGAGUAUAUGCAUGAUGUAUACGUAAAGAAAUGGCAGUGCAGGAAGAUAUUUGUAAAGUACUAGAGAGGUCCAGAGUAUGUUGAAUAGGGUCUUUGUAAGUCUGAGAAGCAAAGAAAGGAAAAAAAGUUUUAAAUAACUUUCAUCCCAAUACUUGAUUUUGAAAGCAAAAUGGCAGGAAGCAGUAAAAUAUUGAUAUAUUUUAACCUUCUUUAAUGCUAACCCAAACCCUGAAAUAUUUGCAUUUACUUAAAACUAAAACUAAAAUAGAAAGAAUUAAAAUAUAUGUUGGCAUAUAUAAUUAUUUUACUAUUGUAAUACAUUAUA